AUUACAAUUUGCAGUCUCGAACAAGGUUUCAAGUAGGAAAGUCAUUCUUCGUUGGAUAAAGCUACAAUCGAUUCAACAUGCCCAUGAGUUUGUAUUACACUAAGAUGAGCCCUCCGGCUCGGUCCGUACUGCUGCUCAUCCAGGAACUGGGUCUGACUGGGAUUCAGUUGAAAGAAGUGGACGUCCAGGGCGGUGGAACUCGCACCGAAGAGUUUCUCAAGAUGAACCCGGAGCAUACAGUCCCGACUUUGGACGACAACGGUUUCUAUCUCUGGGAAUCCCGUGCCAUUCUGACGUACUUGGUGGAUGCCUACCGUCCAGGACAUGACCUUUAUCCAAACAUUCCCCGGGAAAAGGCCCAAAUCAACCGAGUCCUUCACCACGAGCUAUCGGCAUUCCAUCCGAAAACUUUAGGCCAAAUGGGUGCAAUCUACCGGCGUGAAACGUCAGUUGUCACCGACGAAAUGAAGGCCAAGAUCAACGAAGCAUACACCAAUUUGGAACUAUUCCUAGUUCGGAAUGACUGGUUCGCCGGGGAGAACGUUACCGUGGCGGAUCUUUGCCUGUUGCCAACAAUUUCUACGAUGGUGCACGUCGGAUUCGACCUGUCCAAGCAUCCACGGUUGGCCGCCUGGUACGAAAACUGCAAGGUUCUUAAAGGAUACGAAGAGGACCAGGCGGUUUCCCAACAGAUUGGACAGUUGUUCAAGGAACUCGUGACCGAGGGAAUGUAAUAUGUGCUGCAGAGAGAGAGAGAGCGGAUCGGAGGAUGUGCGGCAGAUAAGAUAAUAUUGCACUCAGUGAGCGCGCGCUUUUUCGAUGUGAAUAGUAUACAAUCGAACCGAUAUUAAACACUUGUCAGACCCAAGCGAUGGAUUACAUACUGAUAAACGACAGAA